GAGUAUAAAAAACGACAUGCUUAAUAAUUGAAUAUUCCAGUUUAUCGGAAGUACUCGUUCUGAACCGACGUGUUUUCAUAUAUUUGUUCUGGUUUAAAAAGUAAAUAUUUUUUGGAAUUUGUUGAAGCAUACUUUAUUAUUCGACAAGAAAAUAAGCAAUUCAUUGAAAAUCUCAAGACUUGAGGAAUUUUGAAAGAGCAAGGAAGAAUUAACAAGACAAAAGAAUGGCAACCAAUGAAAAUAACAGUGAUAAAUCAAAUGGUGUUAAUGGUGCCAAUGGUGCAUUACAAAAAGCAUCUGAAGUAUCAUCAUUACUUCCACAUUUAGAGUCAAUUGAUCGACUCUUAUCAUUACCAUCCAUUUCCAUCGCAUGGACUCAAAGUCAGGGUGUUUAUGGGAAAGUAAAAGAUUUUAAUCCAAUGUUCAAUUGGGCAUUCAGAACAGCUGAGGAUGUCGUAAAAGGUGCUGUAAAUAUUUCAGCACCAAUUGUUAAUGCAUUUGAGCAGCCAAUUAAUUAUGUGGAUCAGACUUUAGUAAAGGGAAUUGACAAAUUGGAAGCAUCAGCACCAAUCAUCAAGGAACAACCAACAGAGAUCUUGAAUCAAGCAAAGACAAAAGUUAUGGAUGCUGUUCAGCCACGAAUUGAAAAAGUUUGUGAAUUAAGAAAGUCAGGAACUAGAAAGGCAGCAUCAUUGAAAGAAUUAUCUUACAAUAAGGCAAAUGAAGUCUUGGCAACUCAUUACGGAUCAUUGGCUGUUUCUGGCGUCGAUUCAACAGCUGCAUUAGCAGAACGUCUCUUGGACACUUUCUUCCCACAGAAUGAAGAAGAUGAAUCAAAAGAGGACGACAAACCAAUUUCUGCAGCAGAAGAUCCAGCUCUCCACACAGUUCAGACAAUCGGCGCCCUAUCAAAUAAAGUAGCUCGACGUGUCUACAGAACUGUAUCCCUUCAUGUUAAAUCCCUAAAGAAAGAAGACCUCACCGAAUACCUUGCAUCCCUUAUUGCUGUUCUCCGCCUAACACAAUACCUCAACAUUCUUAAUGACCGCGCUCAACAACAGGAACAAGCAUCGAGUAGUGUUGUGGUGAAAGCAAGUCCCAAAGUUGAUGUGAAUUGAAAAUUUAUUUAAGUCUGCUCAGGAGAGCUUUUUUUCUGGUUAAUUUAUAAUUGUAAAUCCAAUGAAUACAUUACUUUAAUACUUGGGAGCAUUUAUUGUCUAAUGCAGUUCUUUUACUGCAAAACGAAAUAAAAUUUUUGUUAAUAUAUGUUGGA